GUCGUCAUUUUGUAAACAGCACGCAACUACCUAUCCUAACACACAAACAUGGUGAAAUUAAUGCUGCUCUCGCUGGUGGUUGUGUUUUUAGCAGUGUGGAUAGGAGAACGAUAUACUGCGCUAAGGGAUACACUGUUGGUUUUUAGAGAAAUCACCCCAAAUCACCUUCCCAACUGUCAACUAAUAAAGGACAUAAACAUUGGGUCUGAGGACAUCACCGUACUUGAAGAUAGACUGGCCUUCAUAAGCACUGGUGUGAAGUACCCAGGUAUUCCCCGGUACACCGAUGCUCCUGGAAAGAUCCUUGUGCUAAAUCUGCUUACUGGAACAGAUCCUACAGAACUUCGCAUCAAGGGGGAUUUUGAUGCAGAUUCUUUUGGUCCACAUGGAAUAAGUCUUUAUACAAAUGAAGCGGAUGGCUGCAGGUAUUUAUUUGUGUUGAAUCAUCCCCAUAACAACUGCCAGGUGGAGAUUUUUCGAUUUGUUGAAGAGGACCUCACUCUUGUGCACAUAAAGACUAUAAAGCAUGAACUGCUACAUAAUAUGAAUGACAUCGUAGCUGUGGGAGUGGAGAAUUUCUAUGCCACUAAUGAUCACUACUUCAUUGGUGAGAGACUCCAGCUUCUGGAGGUGCUGUUUUCUCUAGCCUGGUGUGAUGUGGUUUACUACAGUCCUGAGGAAGUCAGAGUUGUGGCCACAGGAUUUUUUAAUGCCAAUGGCAUUAACGUUUCCCCUGACAAAAGGCAUUUAUAUGUGUCAGAUUUAAUGCAUCACCAAAUUGUGGUGCUGGAGAUUCAGACGAACAACUCGCUGUCUCGUGUGAAGGAAGUUGCUGUAGGCUCCCUCUGUGACAACAUUGAAGUGGAAAGUAAAACUGGGGACCUGUGGAUGGGUUGCCACCCAAAUGGAAUCAAAUUCUUUCUACAAAAUGUGAAUGAUCCACCUGGCUCAGAGGUGAUUCGGGUUCAGAACAUCCACUCUGACAAGCCAGUGGUGACUCAGGUGUAUGCAGAUGAUGGCAGUGUGCUCCUAGCAUCUUCAGUGGCAACACCUUUCAGAGGGAAACUCCUCAUAGGAAGUGUUUAUCACAAAGCUCUGAUGUGUGACCUUGAGUAAAACAUUCACCCAAACACUGAUCACAAAAAUACUUUAGAUAAUUCAUUGUAUCUUCUCAGAAUGCUGUGUGAUUUACUAUUUACUAACAAGGUGUCUUAAUAAACUAAACUGCUGACUUCAGGCUAAUUUUCUUUUACUGAAUGCUCAGAAAACAGUUUCUAAUUACUGGUACAAAGUCUACUGUCUACUCUCUCUCUCCUUUCUAUAAAUGACAUCAUAAUCACACCCUCAGUCACUGUCCGCAAUCUCGGUGUUCUGUUCGAUCCCCUUCUGUGUUUUGAACCGCACAUAAAAUCUCUAUCCAGGUCUGCACUCUUCCAUCUCCUCAACAUUGCUCGCAUCCGCCCUUUACUGUCCUCUACGGUAGCUGAGAUGCUGGUCCAUGCUUUUGUGACUUCUCGGCUGGACUAUUGCAAUUAUUUGCUCCAUGGGCUUCCCUCUAAAUCAAUACGCCCCUUGCAAAUAGUCCAGAAUUCUGCUGCACGGCUCUUAACCCAUACAAAGAAGUCUGAUCACAUCACCCCAGUCCUGGAGCAGCUUCACUGGCUGCCCAUUACCAUGUGCAUACAGUACAAAAUCUUACUUCUCACCUAUAAGCAGUGUUGUGUAAUAAUACUUCGUUACAGUACUUAAGUAGUUUUUUGGAGUAUCUGUACUUUACUGGAGUAUAAAAAAAAAAUUUUACUUUCACUUUUACUCCACUACAUUUCCUAAAGAAAUUGUGUACUUUUACUCGUUACUCGUUACUACAAAAUAAAACGACAAGAAUUUUUUAGCUAAAUGAUGUCAGAUGUAUGACAGACUGCAGCAGGUUUGGCAAAUCUGCGCUUGUAAAUUACAUCAGCGGUUAAACACAUUAAUGCGCAGAUGCAAACGUUUUCUAAAAGCGCAUCGUUCACUCAAAGAUACGGAAUAAUCGUCAUUUCAGAAUCUCCCCGUCCUACACACUGAUGUAAGUUAGGAAUGAUAAACAAAGUAAAGCCACAGAACCAUUGUUUUUAUUAUUAUUAUUAUUAGCAUUAACAUUGUUCAGGUAUCAAGCUACCGAUUACAUUCGAACCACAAAUAAAACGUUUCACUACAUUUGUUUGUAAUUAAUUCAGUGCAGACAUGAUGUGUCCCAUCAUUUUUAAAAACUCCCCUACAGACAAAUAUUUCCUCAGAUAACUUCUGUAUUACACUGACAGAGGAAAGAUUCAUGGUGCUGAGGAACAUGCACGUCUUUAACCCUUUAAUGCUCUCAACAAGAACAUGGAUGAUUUUUCAGCUGCUGCUUCAGGUUGACACAUAAGUUAGAAAUGGUGUUUACUUAAAGUAAGAAUACCAAUAUUUUUUAAGUUUAACACACGCCAACCAGGGAGUAGAUACAGCCCAAAAAAGAUUAUUUAAAUACAGCUUAUUUUACCCAGCUAUUUAGAUUUAAACUAUUGCUUGAGCAGAUCAUUAAAGGGUUAAAAGUGCCACACGUUUUGUUAAACUUGCUUGAGUUUUGCUUUUAAAUUAAUUCUGCCAAAAUUCAGUUGUUUUUGGUUAUUGGGAUAUACUGUAUCUAUAUAACUUGAAUGUACUACCCAAAUAAAAAAAAAAUGGAACAGUAUAGAAAAUGCAAAUAAAAUAGAUGCAGUGUU